AAGCUGUGCUAUUUGAUGAAAUGUUUUCUCUAUAUAUAUAGAGGCCCAAAGCCUGAACCCAUUAACCCAAGCCCAUCCCUUCAUUUCCAAGCGUGAGUAAGCGACGAGGAGCAACUACCGACCGGCAUCGGCGAUUCUAAUUCUCUGUUUAUUAAGAAAUGGUGAUUCCUCCAGCAGUUAGACCAGACAGAGUGACGAAGUAUCUCAAACCUUAUGUGCUGAGGAUGCACUUCACAAACAAUUAUGUAAAUGCUCAAGUAGUUCACACUCCAACAGCGACAGUGGCUGCUUCUGCAAGCACACAAGAGAAAGGCUUAAGGCUUGCCAUGGUAGAAGCAAAAGAAAAUACUAGAGAUGUUGCUGCUGCUGCAAAAAUAGGUAAGUUGUUGGGUGAGCGGUUGCAGGCUAAAGGAGUUCCUGCCAUAUCUGUUUUCUUUAAGAGAGAACAGAGAUACCAUGGAAAGGUCAAAGCAGUUAUUGAUUCAGUGAGAGAAGCAGGCAUAGAAUUGGUUUGAUUGGACCACUUAACUCCGUUUCAUCGUCUGCUGGAUUUCCUCUCCCAGGCAAAGGAUUUAUAUGUUCUAUUUGCCCUUGCAUUUCCAUUUUCGUCAGUUAGAACUGGAGUCUUGCAAAACGGAGCAGUGUGUGAUUUGCAAUGUAUAAGAUGUCACUUUUGACAUUCUGUGUGUUUUGAAGCUUCGAUUCCAAGAACGCGGUUCAUAGCUCCUGGCCCCCACAUGCCAGAUGGUACUUCGGGUUAAAUUUAAUUUAGGAAGUACGAGAUAUGGUUUCUGUUUCGGGUU